AUAGUAAGCACCCUCACAUUGACACUCGCACACACACGCACACGUCCACAAACAGACAGGUGUACACACAUGUGCGUCACACCGAUAAUUUCUCACCUGUCUGUCUCAGUUAUCUCCUCCUCCUCCUUCCUCAUUCUAUCAUGGGAGGUUUGAAGGAGAGGAAGUGGUGGUGGAGUGUGGUGGUGAUGGUGGUGGUGGUGAUGGUGGUGGUGUCAACUCCAGUGGUGGUGAAAGCUGAUUCACAGGUGGAGGACAGAAGACCAGCGGAGGAGACGAGAGUGGAGAUGAGUGAAAACAUACCAGAGGAAAUGAGGAAAAAGGAAAUGGAGGAAGUGGAGAAUGGAAACCAAGAGAAGGAGGAGGAGGAGGAAGAUGUGAUAAAGAAGAAGAAGGAAAUCAGAACAAUGAAGGAGAUAACAGCGAGAAGACAAGUGGAGGAGAAGGAGAUAAGAAGGGAAUGGAGACUGACGGAAGAGGAGGAGAUGGAGGAGGAGAUCAAAGAAGAGAAAGACAGAAUAAUCCAAAUGGAGAAGAGAAAAGAAGUGGAGAUGAGAGGGAGACAAGUGGAGGAGGAGGUGGAGGAGGAGUUACCUGUCCUCCACCUGUACCCAACGGAGGUCAGCUUAGUCUCCGGUGAAUCUUGCGUACUCAAAUUAAGACUCACCAAGAACCCAGCGGAAUGCCUCUACAUCAACUUCACCCUGUCGGAACCCCUGGGCAGCCUCAACCCCUCGGAAGUGGAAAUAUGCGCCGCCACCACCGACGACGCGCCACCCACCACCACCCUCACCACCACCACCCACGGCACCACCACCGUCACCGCCAUCGCCAUGCCCGAGGACCUGGUGACGUACCCCCGUAGCGGAGGAGCCUUCAGUGUUGUGUCGGUGAUGAAGUCUAAGGGCAUCACCACCACUGCUGACAUCAUGGGCUGGGUGUACACCAUCGCCUGGGACAUCUCCUUCUUGCCCCAAAUCGUGCACAACUGGCGGAGGAAGAGCGUUGUCGGUCUGAGUUUCGAUUUCCUUACGUUCAACUUCAUCGGUUUCUUCUCGUAUUUCCUCUUCAACAUGGGACUGUACUGGAUCCCGGCUGUACAGGACCAGUACGAGACCCGCUUCCCUCAAUCCAUUCUGCACGUGCGCUUGAACGAUGUCAUGUUCCCCUUGUACGCCCUCGUGUGUGUGGCUGUGCAGAUCAUCCAGUGCUUCUUCUACAAGAGAGGGAAGGGGCAGCGUGUGUCCAUCCCCUGCCGAGUCAUGAGCGGCCUGCUAAUACUCGCUGCUGUUAUCGGUUGCAUUCUGGUACCAGUGGUCGACGCUUGGCUAUGGCUGGACGUCUUGUACCUCUUCUCCUAUAUCAAGCUGGCCAUCACCUGUAUCAAAUAUGUGCCUCAGCUCUACGUUAACUACAGCCACAGGAGCACCGAUGGUUGGAGUAUCUACACAGUCAUUCUGGACUUCACAGGCGGGGCGCUGUCCCUGGUUCAAAUGUUCCUGCUCUCUGCAAACUAUGACGAUUGGCAUUCACUGCUAACCGACCCCGCAAAACUAGGACUGGGUUUGCUGUCCAUUUUCUUCAACAUUUUCUUCUUCAUCCAGCACUACAUCCUCUACCGACACGCCCCUCUAAUGGAGAGGAAACUGAAGGGCGAGGAAGGGCCUAUAACUGUCCUGGAGACCUCCCCUUCACUCCCCACCCCCCCAGCGGUAACCGAGACGGGACUGGGAGAGGGGAAGAAGGGCGAGGAGAAGCAAGAGGAGAAGGCAGGAAAGAUGGACGAGAGAAUAGAAGGGAUGGAUGAAGAUAGGGAGGAAGGGAAGGGGAGAGGAAAGGAAGCAGAGGAGGAAUUGAAAGAGGUAGUGAUGGGGGAGGAAAGGAAGAAAGAAGAGGAGGAAAAGAGAAAAGAGGAUAAACUAUAGUGGAAAGAGAGAGAGAGAGAGAGAGAGAGAGAGAGAGAGAGAGAGAGA